GUCGAAAGUCGCCAUCUUUUGUUGGAAGAAUUUUUUGCUCGAAAACAGACUUUUUGAUAAUAUUACGUGUUAAAAUAUAUACAAAUUGCCAAUUCAAAUAGGCAAAAACUCUUCUCAUAAAAAUAUUGUAACAUUUGCUCUAAAUAGCGUCUCCUUUAGAUUUCAUAUAUUUUCUUACUUUGACGGAAAACAAUUCUUUUUGUCCACGUCAAACGGUGACAAUAGUGAUUUGCAAGUAUUGUAUGUGUGUGAGCAAAGAAAGAAAGGAAGGAAAAUACGUCAAAUACUGUGCGACGAGAACUCUUAAGAAAAAAUAUUUUUGUGCACAUCUCGGUGGUUUUAAAAGUUUCUGAAUAAACGUUCCAGCCAAUUCCACACAAAAACAUAACAAUGUCAGCUGUAAAUCCCGAAUAUGACUAUCUCUUCAAAUUGCUUCUGAUUGGAGAUUCCGGCGUGGGCAAGUCCUGUCUUUUGCUUAGAUUUGCCGAUGACACAUACACAGAAAGUUAUAUUAGCACAAUUGGUGUCGAUUUCAAAAUCAGAACCAUUGAAUUAGAUGGUAAAACUAUAAAAUUGCAAAUCUGGGAUACUGCCGGCCAAGAGCGUUUCCGCACUAUAACAUCAUCUUACUAUAGAGGCGCUCAUGGUAUUAUUGUGGUGUACGAUUGUACGGAUCAAGAAUCAUUUAAUAAUGUCAAACAAUGGCUGGAAGAAAUCGAGCGAUAUGCAUGUGAGAAUGUCAACAAACUAUUGGUGGGCAAUAAGAGCGAUUUAACGACUAAGAAAGUGGUUGAUCAUACCACAGCUGCGGAGUAUGCAAAUCAAUUGGGCAUUCCAUUCCUUGAAACAUCAGCCAAAAGCGCCACCAAUGUGGAGCAGGCCUUCAUGACAAUGGCCGCAGAGAUUAAGAAUCGCGUUGGACCACCUUCCAGCGCCACCGAAAAUACCAGCAAAGUUAAAAUCGAUCAAGGGCGUCCAGUGGAGAAUACCAAGUCCGGUUGCUGCUGAAUAAUUACUACUCCCGAACUAAUUGUGAAUCAUUAUUUUAUUAUAAUAUAAAAGAAACAACAAAACCAACAACAAACAGUAAAAUAAUAAAAUUAAAAAAAACUUAAAAACAAGCAGAAAACCAA